AUGCAGUUCCGCAAACAGCCGCCUUCAGUAGUGUCUCUUCCUUGGGCCUCAUCAUAUGCAUGCAAUGCAACAAGGAGUCCCGGUCGUGUACGUCGGGCUCCUCUCUUCACGUGCCAUGCCAACAAGUACAAUUACAGCGACCUUCAACCCAAUGGAUCGGGGACCGAAGCGGCCCCUAAGGCUUCCACAUUAUUAGCGGGCGAGAACUGGAGCAUAAUGGGAGACAAGGACGUGAUCAUCCUCAAGCUCAGUGUGGGAGAGUCGCCGCCCAAGGAGAAAUUCAAGGUUGAAACAGCGCCGGACCAGGCGGGUCUGGUCAUCAGGUACACGGACGACGACAACCCUGCGAGCUCUACCAACGUCCCGCUCACUAUGCCGCGGGGCUACGACGGCAAGAAGGUGCAGGCCAAGUGGUUCCAAGGCUGGCUGCUUGUUAUCAUCGCCAAGCCUAAGCACGAUCCCAACCCGAUACCCGUCCGGGAGUAA